AUGACUUGGAGCACACAGAGGAACUUUUACAUGGCAGCUCCAGACUUAUUGGACCCUAAAUCCGCCACUCACAACACCAAGCCCCGCCUCUCCUUCUCCACAAAGCCAAUUACAAUGACUCCCCGUGAGGAGAGUGAGGUGGUUGCCACGGUGAUGAAAUGGAAGACAGUGACAGCCAUCUUUCUUUUGGUGGUUUUGUACCUGGUGAUGGGAGCAGCCGUCUUCAGAUCCCUGGAGCAGCCUCAUGAGAGUGCCCAGCGUUUGGCCAUCCUGACCCAGAAGCUGGAGUUCCUGUCCAAGCACCCCUGUGUGAACCAGAGUGAGCUGGAAGAGCUGGUGAAGCAAGUUGUGUCUGCAAUCCGGUCAGGAGUGAAUCCUGCAGGAACACUGACCAAUCACAGCAGCCUGUGGGACCUCAGUUCUGCCUUCUUUUUUGCUGGGACCGUCAUUACAACCAUUGGUUUUGGGAACAUUUCUCCCCACACAGAAGGUGGGAGGAUUUUCUGUAUAGUGUAUGCGUUGUUAGGGAUCCCUCUGUUUGGCUUCCUUUUGGCUGGCGUAGGAGAUCAGCUUGGCACCAUAUUCGGCAAAGGCAUCACGAGAGUGGAGAAGAUGUUUGUGCACUGGGACAUCAGUCAGACAAAGAUCCGUGUCAUCUCAACCCUGCUGUUCGUGUUGUUCGGCUGCCUGCUGUUCGUGGCACUCCCCGCAGCCAUCUUUAAACACAUCGAGGGCUGGUCAGCGCUCGAGUCCCUUUACUUUGUGGUCAUCACCCUGACCACGAUAGGAUUUGGAGACUUUGUGGCAGGCGGAUCUGAAAUAGAGUACCUGGAUUACUAUAAACCAGUUGUAUGGUUCUGGAUUCUGGUGGGACUCGCUUACUUUGCUGCCAUCCUCAGCAUGAUUGGAGACUGGUUCAGAGUCAUCUCCAAAAGGACCAAAGAAGAGGUUGGAGAGAUCCGAGCCCACGCUGCUGAGUGGACGGCUAACGUCUCUGCAGAGUUCAAAGAAACGCGGCGUCGUGUCAGCGUCGAGAUCUAUGAUAAGUUCCAGCGUGCUGCUUCAAUCAAACGCAAACUGUCCUCUGAGCUGGGAUUCAGCCCCACUCCUGAGUUCACUCUGCCAAAGAGGACGGUGUCAGUUAAUUUCACCGAUGAACGGGACAAAAACGAGAAGGAGGCAGGGCUGCAGGGCUUAACGACACCGCUGGCUCGAAAUGGAGGAGCUUUCAUGAACGGUUUGGACCCAGAGAGAGGAGAUUUCAUCGAACAUGUCAAGUAG